AUGCAAGCGGACGAUCAGGAAGAGGUUAUUGCCGACAGCGAAGAGGAAGAUAUCUAUGCUCCAUUGGACACCACUCAUGAGACAAUUGACCAUUAUGAAUCCACCAGAGUAACAAGACCCUCCUCUGUCGAUACUUAUGGGAUCCCGACGACAGAACCCUCAAAUAUUUCUAACUUCACCGAUCUACCAUCCACACUGCUCGCGCGCUCAGACAUAUCCUCAGUUGCGAUUUUCAGCACUGUGGGCGACCUAGCUACUACUACUGGCUCUACUUCACGCCCAAAACCGCGGCCGAUUAAACGGAAAAACGACCUUGACAUCUCGAAUUCUGCAUCCUCGUCUUCCGCACUACCUCUCGUUGUGGAUGAUGACGUCAAGAAGAAAGACCGCCCGCGCCCGCGACCAAUCAAACGGAAACAGUCCACCGUAGAUUCCGACCCUCAUCUCGAAGCUGGAGGUAUCGAAGGCGCUAUUGUUCAACAGACGAAGGAUAACUCUGGGCCGUACGGCAUGGACAUCGCGGAACGCGCGAAAGUGAGACGGCGUACGGCGAAGGAGAAGGCUCUAUCAGUAACCGAACCUUCAUUGGCCAUUGUCCUCCCCCCUCAGAAACAUAAGACAGGCAACACCCACCCAGAACCCUUGGAGGUUAUCGAAUUGUCCUCGGAAGAUGAGCUAUCCAUGGCAGCUCCAGCACGGCCUCGAAAGGGCCCGAAGGCCAAAGGAACUCCUCGAGGGCGCGCCAUCUCUGAUACUGUUAUUAUGGCAAAUCAUACGGCGCCCGUCACUUCUUCUCAACCUACUAUACCAGUCCCUUCAUCGUCCUUAUCUGGUUAUCACCACGCGCCCUUGCAUUUACCCCCAUCCGACAUCCCCGAAUCACCCCUCACUGAACCUGAGCACCCACCAAUCGCGGCGUUGUAUGAGCCAGAUAGCCUUGACAUCGGACCGCAGCUCGACCAAGGACACGAGCCGUCGCUGUUCACUCCCGAACCUGCUGCGCGCAAGCGGAAACGUGGCGUUAUUUAUGACGACGACGAAGAAGACGAGCUCGCCACUAUCAAGCCGCCAAUCCCGACAUUCUUUGCGUCCUCAUCGCCGCCUCUGAACCCUGUAAAACAAUCGAAGACUCCGUCGAAGAAACAGAAAUCUUAUAUUCCUCUUGAACCCCUCCCGGAAGCAACUAAGAAGAAGGCCAAGCCGCGAUCGAAGAAAGAAUCAACGGCUGUAUCAGCCACGGGAGACGGCGGCAGUACUGCACCCAAGCGCAAGGGGAAGGGGAAGAAGAAAAGCGACGAAGUUGCUAAUGUGCCCGACGAAGAGGUGGAGGGUUCCCAUCUAAAUAUGGCACCGCCGUCAAGGUUGAUUGCCACGCCCGAUCCAGACGAUGAUAGCACCGGGCGUGCAAGGGAGGAAGCAGCCCUAGUCAACGGCCCUCCUAACCCGGAAUCCAAAAGGAAGGGAAAUCGUAGUCGAAAAGCAGAAACUAUUGCACCGGAAAUGGCUCUGCCCAGAGUGGAACCCUUUGAAGAGAAUCCACCGGCGAAGGAGAACCAUCCGCCAGUAACGCCGGCCAAACCUCCUGGCAACACUUCGUCAAGUGCAAGUAAAUCGUCGGGAUCAUCUCUCACAUCGCGCUAUUCCAUCGCACCUCGUACGAAAUCCACGCCUAUGUCUGAGCUAAUUCGGCGCGUCAACUCCAUGCCUGGCUCCCCAUUCGCUACUUCGCCAGCUGCCCGAACGGGUUCGGCAUAUUCACCGUAUCUCAAGACGUCUAAGAGUACGUUGUCUAGAAUAGCUCCACUUCAUCCCAAUAGACGAGCACCGCCCCCUCCUCCACCCCCUCCGCCGCCAAAGAAGAAGACCAAGAAGGAAAUUGAGCGCGAGGAAAAAUGGGAAGAGGAGCUGAUUGAGAGCCUUGGUGGGCUGGAUGCUUGGGUAGCUUUGAGCGAUGCAGAUAGGAAAGACCUUCGUCGAGGGAAGUUUGAGAUGGAGAUGAAUGGCUGGGAUUAG